UCGGGUGGUACUGCUUGGUACCAUGGGAAGGGCAGUCCUCUGUGGCACGAGUUAAUGUUUAUCCAACGGAAAUAUUUUGAAAGGAGAACUUCAAUUCCCACAGUAUCACAAAUGGGGGCCGAUCCUGUCGAUCAGAUCUGAAGUUUGCGGAGGAUUUAAUUCAUUCAUAAGGUUUUAAUGAUGACCGAGGGAACAUGCCUUCGUAGAAGGGGGGGGCCGUACAAGACUGAGCCGGCGACAGACCUGACCCGCUGGAGGCUGAGUAACACAGAGGGCAGGCAGACAUGGCGCUAUGUAGAGGAUCAAGACACAUCAGACAGGGAGCAGACUAUGCUUGAAGCCCAUUCACUUGGUUUGGAUACGAGUAAAUUCAUCCCUGGCUCUCCCUCAGCCCACACUGCAGUGGAGUCAGCCCUGAAGGGCAUGGCAUUCUACAGCCAACUCCAGGCAGAAGAUGGCCACUGGGCAGGAGACUACGGAGGACCCCUCUUCCUGCUACCAGGUCUCCUGAUCACCUGUCACAUAACCCAGAUCCCUCUCCCUGAGGCCUGGAAGAAGGAGAUGGUGAGAUACCUGCGCUCUGUCCAGCUGGCUGAUGGGGGCUGGGGCCUACACAUUGAAGACAAGUCCACAGUGUUUGGCACGGCCCUCAGCUACACCACCCUGAGGAUCCUGGGAGUGGGACCGGAUGACAAGGAUAUGGUUAGGGCCAGGAACAACCUGCACAAUAAAGGAGGUGCGGUUGGCAUCCCCUCCUGGGGUAAAUUCUGGUUGGCCAUCCUCAAUGUGUACAGCUGGGAAGGAAUGAACACGCUCCUCCCGGAGAUGUGGCUGUUCCCUACCUGGUUCCCUGCUCACCCAUCCACUCUCUGGUGCCACUGUCGCCAGGUCUACCUUCCUAUGAGCUACUGCUACGCUGUCAGGUUUGCUGCCCAGGAGGACCCCCUGGUGCUCAGCCUCAGACAGGAGCUGUAUGUCCAGGACUAUGCCACCAUCAACUGGCCUGGUCAGCGGAACAAUGUGGCAGCAUGUGACAUGUACACACCACACAGCACGCUACUCACCGUGGCUUACAUGGUCAUGAACGUGUAUGAGGCCCACCACAGCAGCAGUCUACGAGGAAGAGCGGUCAAAGAGCUGUACGACCACAUACAGGCUGACGACCGUUUCACCAAGUGCAUCAGCAUCGGCCCAAUCUCCAAAACGAUCAACAUGCUGGUGCGCUGGCACGUGGACGGACCCUCUUCCACUGCCUUCCAGGAGCACGUGUCCAGGAUCCCAGACUACCUCUGGCUGGGAUUGGAUGGUAUGAAAAUGCAGGGAACCAAUGGAUCACAGCUAUGGGACACAGCUUUCACAGUUCAGGCGUUCCUAGAAGCAGGGGCUCAGGACAGCCCCAGGUUAGAAGAGUGUCUUAAACACGCCCACCAGUUCCUCACCAUCACACAGAUACCAGACAACCCCCCAGAAUACCAGAAAUACUACAGACAGAUGAACAAGGGAGGGUUCCCCUUCAGCACGCGGGACUGUGGCUGGAUCGUGGCCGACUGCACGGCAGAGGGCCUAAAGUCAGUGAUGCUUCUGCAGGAACACUGUCCCUUCAUCAGUCAGCACGUCCCCUCAGAGCGCCUGUGUGACUCCGUCAAUGUGUUGCUAAGCAUGAGAAACAGAGACGGCGGUUUUGCCACUUAUGAGACCAAGCGUGGAGGGAGACUGUUGGAGCUACUCAACCCCUCAGAGGUGUUUGGUGACAUCAUGAUAGACUACACCUAUGUGGAGUGCACCUCAGCAGUCAUGCAAGCUCUGAGACACUUCCAGCACGUGUACCCUGAAUACCGGACAGAGGAGAUCAGGUCCACUCUGAGAGAAGGAUUGGAGUACUGCCGGAGGGUGCAGAGGCCCGAUGGGUCAUGGGAAGGAUCCUGGGGAGUGUGCUUCACCUAUGGGGUCUGGUUCGGCUUGGAGGCCUUUGCCUGCAUGGGUCACACCUACCAUGAUGGCGGUGGUGUGUGUAAGGAGGUGCAGAGUGCCUGUGACUUCCUGGUGGCCCACCAGAUGGAGGAUGGGGGCUGGGGUGAGGACUUUGAGUCCUGUGAGCAGCGUCGCUACGUGCAGAGUGCUAACUCCCAGAUCCACAACACCUGCUGGGCCCUGCUGGGCCUCAUGGCUGCUAGGUACCCAGAUGCACAGGUGAUUGAGAGAGGAAUACAGCUGUUGGUUGACAAGCAGCUGCCCAAUGGAGACUGGCCACAGGAAAACAUCUCGGGAGUAUUCAAUAAGAGCUGUGCCAUCAGCUACACUUCCUACAGGAACGUCUUCACCGUGUGGACGCUGGGACGCUUCUUUAACCUCUUCCCCUCCAGCCCUCUGGCCGGGAAGGUGAAGCUGUGAGGUCAGAGGUCACCUAGUCAGCAAGGAUUGGAACAGUGCCCUUUCUAAUCUAUACAUAAAGAACGGUCGUGAACAGGGUUGGGGAGUAAUGGAUCACAUGUAAUCUGUUAAAUGUAACUGAUUCUAAAAGUAUUUUUUACCUGUAAUCCGUUACCAGCUAAAAUAUUGUAAUCAGAUUACAGAUACUUUUGAAAAACUAGAUGAUUACUUCUUCCUCAAUAACAUUCAAAUAAUCUUAAAUGUGUUCCACUUGAGAGAGAGUCAGAGACCAUUACACACCAAAUGUGUUUAAUGAUAUGCGGGAAAAGAGCAGGAAUAGGCUUUUGUAGACAGUCCAAGCCAUGUCUUCCAAUGGGUGCGACUGCUGUCAGCAUCAAAGAUUAUUCAUCCAAUUUGUAUAAACGCUUGGAGGUAAGGAUGACAGCAGUGUUGUAGCCUACGGGUGCUAGGAUAUCACUUAUUAUUGAUAUCUACAUAGCUCAUUGAUGUGAAUCACACUGCUGCUCAAUCUAAUUCGUGCUGAUUAAAGAAAAAUGCCCAUAGGCCUAACGGACACAUGCUCAAACACACACACUUUUGAUGGACUUAAACAGCUGCAAAUUAUUGAGAUAUCAAAGUGUCACCAACAAAAGCUUAAACAAUAGGCCUAUAGCAAAUGCAGCAUAUGGAAAUCAUUUUUCACAUGCACUUUUCCAAGUCCUAUUUUUGAAGACCAAGGGGUAUGAAAUCAAUUGGAAGGAUUGGAAAUCUGACAGACUUGAUUUUCAAUGUGAAGAUGUAGCCUACUAAUUUUAUUAUCUAUAUUAAAGUAGAAAGCUAUCGGUUAAAAGAAGCCUACUUAACUAUAAAGUAAAAUGCAACAUCUAUUUAUUGCCAGAACUUUGUAAACUCUAACAUUGAUUUAUCCUGCAAUAGAUGUCAUUCAAUUGUUAAUAUUCAUUUUUGUCUUCUUCUAAUGCCGCUUAAGGGGAAAGUAAUCUAAAAGUAACUUAAAGUUUAGCAGAUUACGUUACUGAGUUUGGGUCAUCCAAAAGUUAGUGAUUACAAUUGUGGACAGGUAACUAGCAACUGUAACAGAUUGCAUUUCUAAAGUAACCUCCCCAACCCUGUUCGUAAAAGUUACGUUUUUCAAUUUUUCUACUGGGUGAGUCCUGAAAAGACCUCAACCUUGGGAUCACCUUACCUUGCCUGCUAUUUUAACAUUCCUCUUGCCUUACAUUUUGGUGGGACUGAACUCUUCGAAACAAACCUUUUUAGCUGCUAUGUGAGAAAUGAGGGUGUCAUUUUGGCAUCUGUAUUAUGAAAUAAAAAUCGAGCCCUUUAAUCAAUCUGUAAAUAGUGCUGAAAUAAAAGUGUUUCCAUGUUGCCUAUUAAUAUCAACCUUAGUUUCUGAAAAUCUAUUGAUGUAAUUGAUUUGUAACGAAAUCUUAUUUUGAAAUGCAGAAUAAAGUCAUUUUGGAUGGUU